AUGGUUGCCACGUCUUUUCUCGUUCAGCUGGCUUUGUUGCCUUGCUUGGCUAUUGGUUCUUCUCUUGCGUCUAGAUCAAAGUCCUUUGACUAUGACUCUCUUACACUGAGAGAAGUCGGCGCUCGCAACACCCUUGACUGGCGUGUGUGGCUAGAGAAAGAUGGACAACCUAUCUCCUUCUGGCAUGAUGUUCCUUUGUAUCCCGAAAAGGGAAACAAUCGCAUCGUGAGCUAUGUUGUUGAGAUCCCUCGAUGGACCGACGGCAAGAUUGAGACCCGUCGCGACGAGCCUCUAAAUCCCAUCUUUCACGACGACAAGAAGAAGAAAGUUCGUUUUGUGGAAAGCGUAUGGCCUCACAAGUCCUACCCCUUCCAUUACGGAUCUAUUCCCCAGACGUGGGAGAGCCCCAACUUUGACCACGACUUUACGGGAUAUCCUGGUGACAACGAUCCCAUCGAUCUGUUUGACAUUAGUGAGGUUCCAGCCCAUGUUGGCCAGGUCAAGUCUGUCAAGGUUCUAGGCGGGCUCGCCCUCAACGAUGGUGGCGAGACUGACUGGAAGGUUAUCGGAAUCGAUACUAAGGAUCCCCUUGCCCAACUUGUUGAAUCCGUCGAGGAUCUUGAAAAGUACCGACCCGGUCUCGCCAAGACCUUUUACAACUGGUUCACCUACUACAAGGUCCCUCGUGGGGACGACGUCCUCGAGAUUGUCGGAGGAGACUACCAGAAUGCCAAGUUCAUGUCCAAGACCAUCAAGAGCAGCCACGGCGAUUGGCAAGAUCUCGUGCGCGGAAAGGUUGACUCCAACGAGAUCAACUACAACCAGACCAGCUUCAAGAGCUACAAGAGCUACGUCAAGAGUAAGGAUGCGACUAAAAAGUUCGGUCUUCCUGUUGAAUCCAAGAUGCUUCCUGCUGCGGAGAGGCCGGCCAAGUAUGAUCUGUGGUAUUACUUGGACAAGGACUACAAGUUGAUUGAGCUUAGUAAGGAAUAA